UUCGUACUAUAAGCAUUGAAUGCCAAAGGUUCUUAAGUCCCUUCUACAUAUGUGACUCGAGAAAGUCCUCACUGCCUCUGUGGCGAUUCCCCGUGAUUCCACAGUCACUCCACUUUCACAUUAGAAUUCGCUAUGUUUUUCUUAAUUUUACUGUAUUCUCUCUCAUCUGGUCUACACUGUGCAUUGCGAUAUUUAUUUCGAUUUACUGCACCAAAUUCAUCCCAGUUAUAAUACUUAAACUCAGUUCUUGUCUCAGGGUUACGUCAGUUCUUGUCUUAGGGUUACGUGAGCCUGUUCUCUGUAGGAACUCUGAGAACACUGAGAGAUAUCCAAGACUACCUGAGGGCCUCCGAAAAAAAGAACUCCAACCUAGCGAAAGCGCGCUACGCUGGCAACACUUUGAGGAAAAUGAUAAGAGAAAAGAUCGAGUGUCAGCUUCAACACCACAGACUAAGAAAAAGAGUCUUGUCAUAAAUCUUCUCGUAUUAUCACCUUUAGUACACUUUAAGGAUAUGGAUCGAGAGAGAAUUGAAGGAAUGAGGCCUCAUACUGCCGAGGCAUUAGAGAGCUUACUGCGGCACAAUGCUACAAGUGAAACUGAAGAAGAAGAACGAAGAAUGUACAGGUGGAUUGAUGACACCAUUGGCAUUAAUUUCUGGGAAUUUAGAAAAAGAAAUCAUGCCCUCCUCAGCUUUUUUGAAAUAUGUGAAGACGUCAGUUAUUCUGAGGGUUGGAAAAACUUUGCAGAAAAAUUGGGACUUGACUUCACAAAUAUACAGCACUGUGAGAAAUUUUGUGGUCGAGAAGGGCCAACAAAAGCAGUACUUGACAGACUAGAAGAUAAAAAGGAAUACAUCGGAUUAACACUGAAAGAUGUCCUGUCUGUUCUGGUGGAUCUUGGCCAACACGAUAUCUUACGAAGAGUCUGUUGGCAGGAAGGCAUAAAAAAGUUUGAGAAGGUGCAGAAUGUACAACCUACAAUCAAAGAAGGCUUUGAAGACACUGUGCCUGCAACCUUCUCCUUGGAUAUAAAACGAGGAUGUGAAACCUUGGUAUGCUCAGGAAAUGAAGGAAGGGUAAAUGAAAACAUCAUAAGAAGAGCAUCACCUGCACAGGCAUGCCAAGUGAAGAUUUUGAUGGUCUUUGCUUCUGACGCCAGACGUGAAGCUUUAGAGGUGGUGGAACAGUUACGGGAGCCCUUGACUUCAAGAGGCAGGGUCGGAGUGCUGUUGCUGAUGGGGGAUGUUGCUUCAACUGUUGCUGCUAAUUUACGGAUGGACCCUCACAACAGUAUCCACAAAUGGUUUAAACAGGUCAGGUUUGUUGUCCCAGUGCUGUCUCCACAGUUUCUAAAACAGAUACAAAAUCUUGAUAGGAGCAGCCAGUGCAUUGAGGAAAAGAUAUACAACAGAUUUGUAUAUCGUUUAACACUUGAUGACUAUGUAGCCAAUAUGAGUCGUAACACCAAGUGCAGGCCAAUCUAUCCUAGUUGCUAUCACAAGGAGGUUGUUAAUAGUGAGCUUGUUAGAGGAAAUGGCCUGCUACAGAUACACUGGAACUGCUCUUCAAAGGACAGUGUUGAACAAUUUGCAAAACUCUUAAUUGAAGAAGCAAAAUAUCUUUGACUUUGUCUGUGCAUCAUGUUUAUGCUUGAUUGUCUUAUGAGAUACUUAAAUUUACUUCAGAAGUGUAGAUGUAAUAUGUUUGGUUGAGUAAAAGCACGGUCACACAAGUUAUUUUUUUUAAGCAACUUGUUUGUGGUAUGACCUUGAGGGCGAUUUCUCAACUUGCUUGUAAUAUGCAGCGAACCAAAACAUCUAUCCCUCUUUUUCAACAAUAAACAUAGCCUUUACGGUUGCCUGCACAGCC